AUGUCUCAUCAAACAAGUAAAGGUGAACAAUUUAUUUUAAUUGUUACUGCUAUUAUAUUACCACCAUUAUCUAUAUUCUUUGCUAAAAGAUAUUCAUUGGUAAAUAAAGAAUUUUGGAUUAGUGUUAUUUUAACAUUAAUUGGUCAUUUACCAGGGGUUAUUUUUGUAUUAUAUUAUUUAUUAUAUAUUGAAUUUCCAAAAAAUAGAGAAAGUUAUAUUAGAUUAAAUGAUGAAGAAACUGGUUUAACUGAAGAAGGAGAAGAGGCGGAAGAACCCCAACCUCCACCUGAAUCAAUUUUAGCUCAACAUGAACAAGAUUUACCAACUUAUGAAGAGAUUGUUAAAAAGGAUACCGCAUAUGAUGUAAAAGAUCAUAAAGUUCAACAUUAG